GGCUUAUAAGAAAGGGCCAUGCCCAAACACAAAACAGAGCGAGAAGAAUGAAGUGCACUCAAAAAACUUGGUUCUACAAAGAAUAUGGCCCAAAAGAGGUACUACAAUUUGGGGAUUUUCCCAUGCCUUCUCCAAAGUCUGAUCAAGUUCUAGUGCAAGUGAAAGCCUCAGCUUUGAACCCCAUUGAUUUCAAGAUGAGGCAAAGGCCCAUUGUCCCAACACCCUUGCCUGUGGUUCCUGGUUGUGACAUGGCUGGCGUGGUGGUGGGAUCGGGAGACGGAGUAUCGAAAUUUCGUAUCGGAGAUGAGGUCUACGGCAACAUUCAGGACUUCCAUGGAGAGCUGAAGCAACUAGGAACCCUAGCCCAAUAUAUAGUAGUAGAAGAGAGUUUAGUGGCAAUGAAACCACCGAAUCUCACAUUUGAAGAGGCAGCAAGCUUGCCUUUGGCCCUGCAAACUGCUGUUGAGGGCUUUAAAACUGCAAAGUUCAAGGCAGGGCAAACAGUAUUUGUAGUAGGAGGUGCAGGUGGUGUGGGCAGUUUAGCUGUGCAAUUGGCCAAUAAUGUGUUUGGGGCAUCAAAGGUGGCUGCUACAUGUAGCACAAAGAAGGUGGAGUUUGUGAAGAGUUUAGGGGCUGAAGUUGUUGUUGAUUAUACCCAGCAAGGGUACCAUCAAAUACUCGAGAAGUUUGAUUUCAUUUUUGACACCAUUGGUGACACCAACAAAUCAUAUGUGGUGGCAAAGGAGGAAGGAGCAGUGGUGGAUAUCACAUGGCCACCCUCUAAUCCAAGGGCUGUCAUUUCUUCUCUCGUGGUCUCAGUCUUUGGUGCUGGACCUUCAAGGUUAUGGAUAUCUUCCUUUUGCUCCCCUGAGAUGUAUCUGGCGUUGCUAACCAUCUUGUUGUUGGUGGACUACCUAAGAAGGGUGUUUUGCUUUGGAAACUUUUCAGAAGUGCCAUCCUCGGGCAUAUUUGGCUAGAAAGUAACAUAAGAACAUUUGAUGGGAUCUCACAAAAGUAUGAGCGGGUCAAAUACUCUAUUUUAUAGACACUUUAGGAUUGGUUCUCAUUUACGCCUGAAGAGCCGGGAGUUCUUUGGAUUGACAUUUUUGUCAAUCUAAAACUCCUAGCAAACUCUUAUAUUGUCUUGGCUCGCCCUAAAGGGACUUGGAUUGCUCCGCCAAAAGCAUGUCUCAAACUUAAUUUUGAUAGCAGUUCUUUUGGGAAUCUAAAUCCUAUAGGUGUGGGGGGUUUAUAUGACAGCUCUGGUGGAUCUUAUUCACUUUCUCUGGUCCUUGUGGUAUAAUGACUGCCAAUCAUGUUGCAUUGACGGCCCUCCAUCAAGGUUUGCUUAUUGCUUUUAUUGCUUUUGAGAAGGGCUUUGCCGGAGAUAUUAUUAUGAAAAGGGAUUCACUUAAUGUUAUCAAAUGAUGCAUGAGAGAGAAAAAGGUACCUUGGUCCUUUUUUUUUUCUUUGGAUCAAAAUUCAAGACA